GAGUAAAAGUUGUUACGUGGGGUAGAAAUAAGGAAAAUCCAAGCGUACCGUGAAAAACCUGUUGAAAAGCGAAAGAGCCAGAGUGAGAAGCGUGAAACCCCCUUUGAUUCAAGUGCAAAAAGGAAGGUCAUAUAUAUUUUUUAUUGUGUUUUAAUUUUGACGUAACCCAAGUGUCUGUGAAGCGAGCGGUACCCCCAGAAACGUCUGAGCACUUAUGAAAAAAUACUUCCUGAACAAGAUGUCCACCGGCAAGCGCUUGGCGAAGCGGUCCAUCAUCGGUACCCGGGUGUGCGCGCCCGGUGCCGAUGGCAUCUGGUACUCCGGGACGAUCCAGGGCGUCAAGACGCCGCCCUCGGCGAACCAGAAGGACAACACCAACUGCAUCAACCUGACGCCGCACACGCGCUACUCGGUGCGGUUCGACAGCAAGCAGGACAUCUCGCGCCGCGGCUUGGCCCGCGAGUUCCGCGAGAGCGAGCUGAUCGGGCCCGGCUUCAAGACCAUCAUGGACGUCCGGCUCAAGCCGGGCCAGAAGGUGUUCCUCACGUACAACGGGCGCGAAAGUGCCGGCGAGGUGGUGCAACACGAUGACCUCAAAGACGAGGUUACCGUUAAGAUCGUACCGGUCGGACAAGAGGUAUGCAAACAAGCCAGCGACCAGCCUCUUCCUACUAACGCCCCGAUCGAACUGACCAAACGCCUCGAGGAGGUCCGGCUGCUCGAGUCGCGCCGAUCGCCGCGGCUCGCCGACCAGGAAAAGGACACCGACUUUGCCCGGCUCGCGGACAUGGCCGGGGACCGCCGGCGACAAUCACACAGCAUCGAUGUGCCAUUCUCACUCACGCAACAAAAUGGAUCUCGUAAACGACGCCCCUCAUACUCACAGGACGAUCGGGAGUAUUACAGUAUUAACGACGAAGACCCGACGGACGAAUGCAACGCUGCCCUGGUACUUAUGAGUCUGUCCUGCUCGCCCAACUCGUCGGCGCCCGGCUGGGAAACCAUCCUGGGGACCAGCUCCGGCAGCAGCAGCACCUCGUGGAGCACCGGCUCGACGUCGCCACCGCUCAGCGAGGACGGACAUUCCACACCACCGAACAACAACAGCAACAACACUAGCAAUAGCAACACCAGCAACACCAGCAACAACAACAACAAUCUGGGCAAUAACAUUAGUAUCAAAAGUAACGCCAACGGUACCACCAAUGAGAUUGUGAUUCGUGGCCCCCGGACGACCUCGUUCUCCAACUCGGACGAGGGCAUCGGCAUGGACUACAACGAGGAUCUGCCGCGGAAGCGACGGGCCAGCCAACCGAUCUACAAAUGCACCUGGAAGGGUUGUGGUGUCAUCUACACGUCCUGUUCUGAGAUUACGGCCCACGUCCGAAACGCACAUCUGGGCCCCCGCAAACCGGAGGAGGACAGCGACGAGGAGGACUUUUUCUUCACCGAGAUCGAGGAUGAGAGUGACAGUGGCAGCGGCCACCAGCACAACUCGUCAAACCAGCAGCAACAACAACACCACAACCACAACCACCACCAAAACAACCAUCACGGCACCGGAAGUGCGCGCCAUCCGCCGUCGCCACCGACCCUGAGCCACCGUGACAUGGCCCGGCCCCCGCACGAGGAUCCGGAGUACCAGCGGCAGAUCGUUGGCAACUACCGGCAGGGCCUGCUGUCCAUGUCGUCUGCCGCGGCGGCAGCAGCAGUGGCAGCCCAGCAACAGCAGCAGCAGCAACAUCUCGUCCACCAGCAGCAGCAUCCGCAACAACAGCAACACCACCAGCAACAGCAGAUUCAUCAACAGUUGGGUGCGGCCAUCAAACCGCCACUGCCAGGCACCGUCGGUCAGCAGUUUCACCAGAGUUUGAACAACAACAACAACAACAAUAACAGCAGCAGCAGUGGGUCUUCGGUGGUGUUGGGCAGCAACGGAAGUGCCGCCAACGGAACCAAUAUCCACACGUCGCCGCUGAUACACCACAACUACACCUGGUCGCAGGUUAGUCCGACCUCCCCCCAGAAGCACGUCCGCUUGUCGCCCCGUCCGUCGGCCUCGUACCCGUACCCGUCGCCCAACUACUCCAACCAAAUAGCUCAGCAGCAGCAGCAACAGCAUCACUACCAGCAGCAGCAGUCGCAACACCUCGGCCAGAUCCAGCUUUCACCAGGGGGAGCGUCCGUGGCCGCCGCCGCCGCCUACCACACCCAGUCUUCGUCGUCGUCCUCGAUCAUUUCGUCCUCGUCGUCCUCGUCUUCGCAAUCGCUCAACGGUGGCUUCGUGGCGCCCGGCACGAGUCCCGGCGCCGCAGCGGGGGCGAACCGGUCCCCGCUGUCGCCGAACCGGCGAACCCGCGGCGAGAACAAAAAGUGCCGCAAGGUGUACGGCAUGGACCACAAGGAGCAGUGGUGCACCCAGUGCAAGUGGAAGAAGGCCUGCAGCCGGUUCGGGGACUGAUCCAAGUCGCGCAAGGCAUCGUCCCAGGUGCCGCCGCCGCCGACUGCGAUGACCUCCUCUUUGACGCCGCCGACUUUGACGCAUCACCAUCACAGUAGCCACGGCCAUCACCAUGGCAGUCACCACCAGCAGCAGCUGCAGCCUGCUGCGACGGUUCUGCGUGCCGGGAUGGUUUAAGGUUGGCAUGCUUGGAUCGGGCGAAUGAGUGAGUGCGGGCGUGAGCGCAUGUGUAAAUAAGUUUAACGUGAUAUAUUUUAGCGGGAAAGAGACUCACUCUCUUUCUGUGAGACAGAGGAAAACCUUGACACACGACGACGAAGAAAAAUAACAAAAAAGUAAGAAAAACGUGAAAAACAAUUCGUAAAGAGAUAGUUUGUAGGAUCUAUUGAGUGUAAUAAUGUUAGUAAUUUAUAUUCUCGGCGAAGCGGCCGCGCAUGUGUGACGACAGUCGAAACCAAUUGUACAGUGACAAAAAAGUAAACACACAAACUAACCGAAAGGAGAAAAGGAUAAAGAAAGAGUAGCAUUCGUGUGAGUCGAAAGGAGCAUAUUUUUAUAUUACCACACACCCAAAACUAAAACACACACUCACACUCAUACAAAACAAUCACUCAGCGCGAAACAAUAGUGUUAAAAGUUCUAUAUUUACCAACUGCUACCGCCGCCACCGCAUUUUUUGCACCUCUUGUUAAACAAAACACACACAACAAAGAAGAAAAAAAUCUGUGUCUUUUUUUCGUUGUCUUUUAACCUCACAGAAUGUAAUGAAAACAUGUUUAGGCUUCAAGUUGACCAAAAUGUGAUUUAAAAACCUGUUACAAACAAAUCCAUUGCUAACGUACUACUAAUCUGUAAAUUUACAGAGCAAAAAAAAAAACAAAUCCACUUUCAUUGUUGUUGUUUCAACCGCCUACAAGUAAAUACACACUACUCUUUUUUGUUGAUUUUUAAGAACCGCGCCUAACCACGUGCUAAGCUAAAUGUUGUACACUUUAUAUUAGUCGUUUUAAAAAAGAUCCUCUCGCCCCCUCUAACCCCACCCACCCC